CACAUUAUUGGUCCAUUUUAUGCAACCAGAGUGCCACAUGAUUUUAUAGCAGACCUCUUACAAAGCCAGGCUACGCAGGGAGUUAACGCUUCUCUUCAAAUUUUGAGAAUUUGCAUUACCACAAACAUCGAGCAUGGCCAACAAAAUCACACCUCUUCUUUUCCGGGCACUGGUUGAGAUGUCUGAAGUACACUCUUCAAAAGUUGUACGAGGAAAUCCCAACAGAGCAAAUAUCAGACACCUGGGCAGCUGUGGGGUCCUGUCAGCACGGCGUGCCACCCUUCCCCUGUCCUCCCCCCUCCGGACCACACCCUCCCGCAGCUUCAUUAAUCUGGCUGCCUCCAUCACUGCCCGCAGGAUGGAGUACUCUGAGAGCCGCACACUAGG